AUGGCUUGUUGCUUGAGAAAGAAACGGUGCGUGAAAGCUAGGCUCUCAUGGAAGUCGAAGAAGAAAGACACAUCAUCUCCUUCUGGUUAUUGGGCACCAGAAGAUGACGAUGAUGAAGGCAAAAUCGUCUUCUUUGGAGGAACUAACUAUACCUUUGAUUUGGAUGAUUUGUUAGCUGCAUCUGCAGAAGUUUUGGGGAAAAGUGCUUUUGUUACAACCUACAAAGUAGCUGUUGAGGACACGACCACAGUAGUAGUGAAGAGACUGGAGGAGGUGAUUGUCGGAAGAAGAGAGUUUGAGCAGACAAUGGAUAUCGUUGGUAGAAUUAGGCAUGAUAAUGUAGCUGAGCUUAAAGCUUACUACUAUUCCAAGAACGAUAAGCUCGCUGUUUAUAGCUAUUACAGUCAAGGAACCCUCUUCGAAAUGCUGCACGGAAAUAAAGAAGAGAACCGAGUACCUCUGGAUUGGGAGUCCCGGUUGAGAAUUGCCAUAGGUACAGCAAGAGGGUUAGCUAUAAUCCAUGAAGCAGAUAACGGAAAGUUUGUCCAUGGGAACAUCAAAUCCUCCAACAUCUUCAUUGACUCGCAAUGCAACAGCUGCAUCUGUGAUCUCGGCUUAACACCCAUCAUGAGAUCUCUACCUCAGACUACCAUUUGUUCUUCGGGUUACCACGCUCCCGAAAUAACAAACACAAGAAAGUGCACACAGUUUUCUGACGUAUACAGCAUCGGCGUGGUGCUGCUUGAGCUUAUAACAGGGAAAUCACCGGCAAGACCGCUAUCAGAAGACGAAAACAUGGACUUGGCGAGCUGGAUAAGGUCAGUAGUGUCAAAAGAGUGGACGGGAGAAGUAUUCGACAUCGAGCUAUUGAAACAAACGGGUAUAGAGGAAGAGAUGGUUGAAAUGUUGCAAAUAGGUUUGGCUUGUGUUGCCUUAAAGCCUCAAGAUCGACCUCAUAUAACAGAUAUUGUAAAUAUGAUACAAAGCAUUCCACAAUAA